AUUUAAAAGUGUGUCUCAGCAGCCCUGGUCCAGCCCUCUGCAGGGCUCCAGGACGAGCACUCAUCAGCUGGUGCAUCUGGGCUGGGACAGUGAAAAUGUUCAGUGUCAUCGGUGAUAAAUACACGUACAGGGGACCCCGAUAAGCAGGCUGGUGUGUCAGGGGGACAGGAAGCCAGGAGAGAAGUCCGACAUAGGUGUGUGCACACGUACGUGUAGCCAGCCACGUGUGUGCAUACUUUAAGGAACGACUUUAGUUUUUGUUUUGGUUCCUGGGGUGAAUUUUCUGUUGAACAUUUUUCCCUCUUGUUUAACUUUUUUUUCCUGCAUUUAAAAAAUUUUUAAUAUAAAAAGUAUAAGAAUCAAACCGAAAAGACGGAGGCGCGCAGCAGACGGCAGAUGGAUCCCGCGGCCAGCAGCUGCAUGAGGAGCCCCCACCCCCCAGCCCCGGUCUGGGGCUGCCUUCGGAAUCCCCACUCAGAAGGCAAUGGGGCCUCGGGGCUACCCCACUACCCGCCAACCCCGUUCUCCUUCCACCAGAAACCAGACUUCCCGGCGACAGCAACAGCAGCGUACCCCGACUUCUCGGCCUCCUGCUUGGCAGCCACCCCACACAGCCUGCCCCGGGAGGAGCGUGUCUUCACUGAGCAGCACCCCGCUUUCCCACAGCCCCCCGACUGGCACUUCCCUGUCUCGGAAGCCAGGCGCAGGCUCAACCCGGGCCCAGCUGCGAGCUCCAGGGAGAUGGGGGCCAGCAGCCCAGGCCUGGUGGACGCCACGGGAGGCCCAGGCGAGGACUACGAGGUCCUUGGGAGCACUGCCAAUGAGACGGAGAAGAAGUCAGCCAGACGGAAAAAGGAGAGUUCAGACAACCAGGAGAACCGAGCGAAGGCGGAGGGCGGCAGCAAGGCCCGCAAGGAGAGGACGGCCUUCACCAAGGAGCAGCUGCGGGAGCUGGAGGCCGAAUUCGCGCACCAUAACUAUCUGACCCGGCUCCGGAGAUACGAGAUCGCUGUAAACCUGGACCUCUCCGAGCGCCAGGUCAAAGUGUGGUUCCAGAACCGAAGAAUGAAGUGGAAGCGCGUGAAGGGCGGUCAGCCCAUCUCCCCCCACGGGCAGGACCCCGAGGAUGGGGACUCUGCAGCCUCUCCAAGUUCAGAGUGAGAUUCUCCAUGGAGAAAAAGACUGAGGACUAAGCCCCCUACCCAACUACCCUCACCCUAAUCCUACCUUCACCUUCUCCCAUCCACCCCAGGACAGCCUCUCACAUCUUGCAGUGACUCUUGGAUAUGAAGCUGCGCAGUGUUCCUGGGAGCCUUGAAGUUUCCCAGAAAGUUCUGUCCAGCAUUUCUCUCUCUUAGCGCCCCUUCCCCAGUCUUUGCUUCCCACAGUUCUCAUGGAAUCAUGCAGUGGCCUGAUCGGACCCAAGUGAAUCCGGGGAACAGCUCCAGGGACUCUCCUUCUCAGGGUCUCUUGGCUGCUGCCCACACCUCCUCCUACCACCUUCCUCCUGCACCAGCCAGGCCUCUUCCAGGUCUGGACACCACAUGGCCUGCUGGGAGAGGAGCCGUGGGACCAGCUGGUGACUCAUGAAAAUGCUCCAAAAGAAAGGAAAUGACUGAGACACACACACACCCUAGACCACCGUUCCUUUCUCGGCUCUAUAUCUGAGGCUUUGGGGACCCUCGGUUGUCCCAAAACUCCAGGGAAAAUCAGUGUGAGGAAGGUUGAAGACAGAAACUCAGCUGCUGCAAAUCAGAAACCAGUCCCUGUCUGGAAGUUUGCUGGCUCAGCGGGCAAGUUUAUGAGCACUGACUGGAAGAAGACAGUCUGAAAAACAGCCUGGUGUUGGUCUCCAUGGUCCACACAGGCCCGUUCGCACUGGCUUUCCUGGGUGGGGGAGAGUGGACCCAGGAAAGCACCUGCUUCUUCAGAAUCAAUUCAGGGACACCACUGGGAGUGUUGAGCAGCGCCCCAGAGCAAGAGAGCAGCUAUUCCUUUUCUGGAUUAAAAUUUCUGGAUUGAAAACCUAUCCAGAUGCUCACAUUAUUGAAUUGAGGGCUUGAGAGUGUCCCCUCUGUUCUGAGAACGGAGAGAUGAUACUGGGGCUGUGGAACCCUGGAGAGAAAGGUUCUCCCGCUGCAGUGUCCUCUGCUUUCAAAGGACUCUGACUGCAAAUGGGGACAAGCAAGCAGUCCCUCCUUCUCCACCAGAUGCAUCCGAGCUCCUCCUACGUGUUCCACAAAUGCUGUUAUUAUGGGAGGAGCUGCUAAGUUUCUGUGUGUGGACAGCCCAGAUCCUCUGGGGGGACACUCCAGGACUGAUGGCCAAACAGCCUGAGGUGACUGAAGCCUCGACGAGAGAGCCCUGCCUGCCUCCAUGCUCUGUCUCCCAAUACCAGCCGGUGUUGCAGGGGAGGUCAGCGAGAGUUUGGAGCUCUUGUAUGUAGAUUUCAUCAUUCACAUGUAAAAAGAACCCCACCUCCCCAUCCCAAAAGGGCAAACGCUGUGGAAAAUGAUUGCCAAAUAAGAUGGCUGGUUAGAGCAUGUGUAAUUUUUUCUAAAGCAUACUUCAUGUAUUUUCUUAAGAUUACAUCAAGUUAACUGUGCAAGGUCAACUUGCUUAGUAAGAAAACUCUUGGAGAAAUAAAAUCCAUAAAAAAAGCAAUGUUCCCAAGUCUUUUGCCUUGCAGAGCUAAGAACCACAGCUCUGUGUGCAGGCCUCUGAUGUUCGUGUGAUGAUCAGCCAGACAAUUUCUAGAAGCCACGAGAAAAGGGAGGAAAUCAUCUAGAAUAAGGUAUCCCCCUUUAGGUUCUUCAAACUGUGGGGGUACAAAUGUAAUCGCUGUCAAAAAAAAAUCUUUCCUCCCAUGCAACUGCAUUGUCU